CAUGUGUCAUAUACACCAUUAAACAUGUAAUUGUAUUUAAAUCGAGAAACUUUAGUACGAAGUUUUAAAGUUUGCACUCCAAGUUGCACUUGUAAUAAAUGUGCCUCGUUGCUAUAAAUCAUAAUAUUAUCUAAUAUUUAACUGAAAUGUGUAACUGAUAUUAACGUGUCGAUUUAUUGGUUAAAUUAGUUUUUAGUUACAUCAUGUUUAAAAGCUAUUUGUUAUAAGAUUAUAAAGGUAAUUGAAUUGAACAGCUUGUGAUUUUUAUGUGACUUCUGUUUAAAGUCAACGACAGAUAGCGGUUAUAGCAAUGAAUGUACUACAUCAAAGGAAUUUAUUAAGCUAAGGGUUAAGGAAGAUGGCUGAUACAAACGUCAAUUUUAAUACUAAAUGUUCCGGGACAGACGCAGCUCGUUGCUGCGAACAUGCCAGGGAUGGGGAAGGACAAGAAUGUCCAAGCUUGGAAGGUGAGCGUCUCCCUGGUGAUGGCGCUAGCUGCACUGUCCCCGAUGAACAAAUACGUGUUAGCGAUGACGAUGGAUCCACGAAUAGCGCUCGUAACAGUAUCGACCCGUUUCGCACAGAAAACGAUCCAGUCGCAACAGAAAGUAUGUUAAGAACAGGUCGAUACUACAAAGGAAUAUAUUGGCCCUCAAUUACUAAUAGUUUUAAGGAACAAACUGUAGAAUUAUCGUAUCAAAGGUACUCGAGGAGGCAGAGACAAAAAUCUCUUAUAAUGGUCAAUAUUGUAGAUUUAGCAUUAAAGAUAUGCUUAUCAUUAAUUUAUACAUUAUCAAAUCGUCAUAAUCUCGAUACUGUAACAAACGGCUACCAAAUAGCUUGGACGGCGGCGUUCGCUCUGCUGAACAUUGCUGUGUGCUUACUGGGCUGUUGGCGUUGCUUCGCUAAUAACUAUCUUCAUUGGGCUGCAGCUGCCACCUGGAUAUUGCUUAUAGCCCAAGGAUUAAGUGGACAAGGUAUAGGAUUUCAAGAACCACAAAAUCAAGUAUGGUACAUGCUGUUCAUUAUAUUCGUACCAUAUGCUAUGCUACCGCUCUCUCUCGGCUGGUGUAUCGUCAUAGGCCUGCUGUCCUCUAUGUCGCAUGUCUUAACCACGGCUGUCACUAUUCCGGAAAUUAUGCAAAAAACUCCGGACGCCGCUCCUUCCUGUGGUAUACGACUACUCUUUGGCAAUGCUUUGCUAUAUACUGCUGUUAAUUUUGGCGGAAUGUACGCUAAAUAUCUAGCAGACUGGGGGCAGAGGAAGGCGUUUCUCGAAACUCAUAGAUCUAUGGUCACCAGACAGAAAACAAAACGAGAGAGUGACCGACAAUGGAAAUUGUUUCAAAGUGUCAUACCAGACUUCCUAGCCAAAGAGAUUUCUAGUCACGUAUCGAGAGUAAGAGGUGAAUUCCAGGAGCAGCAAUUUAAUAAUUUGUACAUCCAGCGACACGAGGAUGUCUCGAUCCUCUUUGCUGAUAUCAAAGGCUUUACAGAGCUCUCUAGCAAAUGUAGCGCGCAGGAUUUGGUGAAGUUGUUAAACGAACUAUUUGCCAGAUUCGAUCGAUUAGCAUCGGAAAAUCAUUGUCUUCGUAUUAAGCUACUGGGGGAUUGUUAUUUCUGCGUGAGUGGAUUACCUGAUCGACGCAGCGACCACGCCUUCUGCUGCGUCAACAUGGGCCUGCAAAUGAUUCGCGUUAUCCGAGACGUUCGAUACAAUAAACAGGUCGACCUAGACAUGAGGAUUGGAAUACACAGUGGCAUAGUGCUGUGCGGUGUACUGGGUUUGCUUAAGUGGCAGUUCGAUCUCUGGUCGCAUGAUGUUACGUUAGCCAACCACAUGGAAAGUGGGGGCUUGCCAGGUCGAGUGCAUAUAUCAUCAGCGACGAUGGAGUGCCUUAACGGUGCGUUCGAAGUGGAACCCGGGGAGGGGGAAAUGCGUAAUCCUUAUUUACGAGAACUCAACAUCACGACUUAUCUGAUCAAAGCGACGGAACACCCUAGACGGACACGGAAUAAAUCGACAAACAACAACAUGCAACCACCAAUACAACCAAAUGAAGUCUUACCCAGACGCCCUAGUGGAAGCAUUGAAGAGGAGAUCACUACCGAUUGGAUACCAGAGAUGCCAUUUCAAAACUAUUUUCAAAGCAGCACAAGUGGUACCACGUGGUAUCGACGAACAAACAAACAAGAAGAUGUGGAACACGGGCAAGAUAUAGAAAUCACAUCGAUGUCAGAGGAGGAUGAUAUAAUAAACCACUCAAUCGAGGUGAACAGUAACCGGCGCAUGCGACUCGAACACAUGCGGCAAUGGUCGCUGCACUUCCGCCGCGCGUCGCUCGAUGUGCGCUUCGGUCAACUCGACGAAAAGACCUUCAAGUCAAACGUGAUGUGUUGUUGGGUGCUUUGGCUGUUCAUUGUCGCCGUUCAAUGCAUUAUACAUUUCAAUUGUUGGUUGUUGGUUAUUACCUUGUUCGUGAUGACGAUUCUUCUGACUCUAUCGUUUCUGGUGGUGAUGGCGGAAGAGUUCCCUCGGGCAAUACCACUCCUAGCGCAUUUUUCUGCAGCCAUAAGUGCAAAUAGACUUCGACGGAAUGUGCAUAUUUGCUGUUUUGUCACAAUUAUGUCGUUAUCCAGCACAACCAAGUUAUACAUAUGCCCGCCAUCUUUUCCUACCGCCGGACCAGAAAAUAGCACACUGCUAAAUUCAACUCGUGAAAAUUAUACGGAAACCGUGCAAUCGAUACUAUCAGAGGAAGCUAAAAUAGGCGAAUGCUACAAACCUGAAUAUGUCGUUUUCACUUGGAUAAUAUGUUUGGUGGCUUUGACUUCGAUAUUAAAACUUUACUACUUGAUAAAAACCGUGCUGGCGAUCAUCAAUGUGGCGAUGUAUUCGGUUCUGUUACUCAUUUAUUACAACGUAGACUAUUAUAGUUCCGCUACGCAUGAUUCCGACCUACGUUUCUACGUGCAAAUGUUGAUAUUGAUGACGAUGUUUUCGAUAAUAGUGGUAUAUCACGCAAGACUCGUCGAAGUAACAUCUAGACUUGACUUUCUCUGGAAACUGCAAGCCGAGACUGAUUUAAAGGAAAUGAGAGACACGCAAAGAACCAACAGGCAUCUACUGAAACACAUACUUCCUGAUCACGUGGUUAAUCAUUUCUUAAGCAAGGACAGAUGCCCAGAUGAACUGUACUCACAGCGAAGAGAUGAAGUGGGAGUAAUGUUUGCUGGAAUUCCUAAUUUCCAUGAAUUUUAUUCUGAACAAAAAGCCGUGGACUGCAUGAGACUGCUCAACGAGAUCAUUUUUGACUUCGAUAGACUGCUCAUGCAGCCUCGGUUUAAAAGCAUUGAGAAAAUAAAAACAAUUGGAGCUACGUAUAUGGCUGCCUCUGGUCUUAACCCAAACCAUAAAACCGCUGAUGAUGGCUGCGAACAUCUUUGCGCACUUGUCGACUACGCUUUCGCUCUACGUGAGGCUCUGGAAGAUAUUAACAAGCAUAGCUUCAAUAAAUUUCGAUUAAGAGUAGGAAUCAGUUGUGGCCCAUUAGUUGGUGGUGUGAUCGGCGCACGUAAGCCGGUUUAUGAUAUUUGGGGUAAUACUGUCAACGAAGCCUCUCGAAUGGAGUCCACUGGAGCUAUGGAUCGCAUACAAGUCACUAAGUACACGAAGCAGGUAUUGGAGCGGCGCGGCUACGGCGUAGAGGCGCGCGGCGCAGUGGAGGUGAAAGGCAAGGGACGCAUGGAGACGUGGUGGGUGACGCGCGUAGGUGCACGUGGUGCCGGCGCACCCACCGCCCCUGCUCCGCCGCGUUCUCUCGCCGCGCUCGUCUACACUAUGCUACAGGCGCGCAAGCGCAUCUACACGCAUCCCUUCUGCGCCUCCGCCGAUGCACCGGGAAGAGUGCGUCCCGAGCGCGCCGGCACCGCGCCCAGCGAGCGCCGCCCCGGCCCGCGCCGCACGCGCCCGCGCAACACGCUGGCUUGCAAUGGCGACUCAGAAACAGGUAGCAGACCCUAUUCGAACAGUAUGGUUGCGCGACGACCGGACAUGGCGCCUCCGAUAGUCAGCAGCAUGUCCGCGCCACACACGCCCACCGCGUCACACAUAUCACCUGAACGAUUAUUCUCUGGAACCACUAAGCUAGGGAUAAGCGCGAGACUAAAAGCCGCGAGUUUUUCCUACCGUACUCGACCGAACAGAGAUCGAUCGCCAAAGAUUCGAGAAGAAAAUGACGGUUCAAAAACAUCGAUCGCUAACGGAGCGCCCGGUUCGUUCCGGUUUAGGUCGGUUACCACGGCCUCGUUCUUUAGAAGUCGGAACAAAGAAAGAAAGAAGGAUCAAGAAGUCACUGAAGAGAACGGACAGACAGACACCGUGACCACUCGGAUGUAAAUAUUAAAAAAUACUUUUAAAAAGAAAUAGCUGUUAAUAAUUAGCAUUUGUAAUUAUUUUUAUAUGUUGUAUGUAAGUUGAAAAGUAUGUAGUUAGACGCUGGCGUCGCCAUAAGUAAUAUUUUUAAUAUCUCGAUGUUUUAUUUAUUGUUUGACGGUUUAUUUUAAGGGUAACUUUUGAUACUAGAUACUUAUACUGAUUUAUUACUAAUUAUAUGUUGUGAUUUUUAAUAUUUUACCAUUAAUUUGACUGUCCUCUGUUAUAAUUAAGUUAAAUAACAAUUUGUAUAUUGUUUCUGUAUAUUUUAUUAUAACUUUAUACGCUUAAUCAAUGAGAUCUAUUUCUUUAUAAUUUAUAUUAUGACGUAUCUGAUACUACAGAUAAAGGCCGCAAAGUCGGUUAACAACAAAAUUAUAACAAAUAAGUAUUGUGAUUUCCAUGUAGUUAAUUUAUUUCAUCGCUAGUAUUUUUUUAGUUGCAAGAAAAUAUAUGUGCAAAAAUUUAUCAAAAUAUAACUUGGUAGCGUCAAUAACGAACUAUACUUAUACGUUAAUAUCUUUUGAUAGCGAAUGGAUACUAGUGUCUUGUAAAUGAGUAAGCAUUUAAAUUAAAUAUUUUAUAAAUGUACCCUUGUUUUAUAAAGGCGUAAAUGUGGCUAAGGCCUCCUCUCCCUGUUUGAGAAGGUUUCUACCUUAUUCCACUACGCUGCUCCAAUGCGGUUUGUUUAAAUACACGAUAUUUUCCUUCACCGUCAAACACGAGAUGAAUUAUAAACACAAAUUAAGCACAUGAAAAUUCAGUAAUUCUUGCCCGGGAUUGAACACGCGAUCAUCGGUUAAGAUUCACGCGUUCUUACAACUAGGCACACCUACCCCGUACAUUAAAGCAAUGAAAAGAUGUACUUCAUAUAUCUACGUCUAUAUAUCAUUUUGUUGUCUACUAAUAUUUGUAGCCGCAAUUACUUUUUUUUCUCCUUAAUGACAUUAUGAAUGAAUGCUUGGUAUAAAAAAUAUUGACAAAUCGUAUGCUUCCCGACGUUGUUAUGAUAAAGCGAAUGCAUAGUAUAAUUGCGGACUGGUAAAUAUUAUUUUUAAAUUUUUCGUUCAGUAACGACGUCUUAUUUUUUUGCAGCUAAGAUAAAAUGCCUACAUAAUUUAUGUGAUUUAAUUUUUCAAAACUGUUGUGUAAGCUAAUUAAUAUGUUUAUAUUGUAUAGUAAAUUAUAAAUAUUUAUUGUUUAGAUUAUUAAAAUGGAAUCCUAUGCCAAAACAAAUUGAUUGAUCUCUCAAUAAAUAUUAAGCCAUAAAACGGGUAAAAUAUACUUGAAAUGCCAUAUUGCAUGAAUUACAUUGUAAAUAUAUUAAACUAUUUAUGUCAACUUUUAAUGUCUGUACUUUUAAUUAAUUAAUUAAUAUGAAUAUCAUAAAAUAAUCGUUUAUCAAUUUUGAAAUUUGUUAGAUAUUAUUUAUUAGAUAUAAAGUAGAAAGUGAAGUAAAGCCAAAUAUUUUAUUCUAUAUUAUAAUAUGAAUGUCGUCUACCUUCAAACUAAAUAUAUAUUGUGGUCUA